UGCUCCCUGGCGUGACUCGGCACUCCGAGCUCCGGGGACGACACGUCGUGGUCGCCGCUCCGGUCCAGGCCCCGGCCUCCCGCAGCCCUUCCCGGGCCUCUCUCGGCCUUUCUUUUUAAGUUUUGAAGCCGGAAGCGUCGCGGCCGCCCUGCCGGGCUCUCUGUGAGGAUGGUGGGAGUGAAGCCGGUCGGCAGCGAUCCAGAUUUCCAGCCGGAGCUGAGUGGGGCGGGCUCCCGACUUGCUGUGGUCAAGUUCACCAUGAGAGGGUGUGGACCGUGUUUGAGGAUUGCUCCAGCAUUCAGUUCUAUGAGUAAUAAGUAUCCACAGGCAGUUUUCUUGGAAGUAGAUGUACAUCAGUGCCAGGGAACAGCUGCCACGAACAACAUCUCAGCAACACCUACAUUUUUGUUUUUUCGAAACAAAGUGAGAAUCGAUCAGUAUCAAGGAGCAGAUGCUGUGGGACUAGAAGAGAAAAUCAAGCAGCAUCUAGAAAAUGAUCCUGGAAGCAAUGAGGACACGGACAUUCCGAAGGGCUAUAUGGAUUUAAUGCCUUUUAUUAACAAAGCUGGUUGUGAAUGUCUUAAUGAAAGUGAUGAGCAUGGCUUUGACAACUGUUUACGAAAAGACAUGUCCUUCUUGGAAUCUGACUGUGAUGAGCAGCUACUUAUUACUGUGGCAUUCAACCAACCUGUUAAGCUGUAUUCCAUGAAAUUUCAAGGACCAGAUAAUGGUCAAGGUCCUAAAUAUGUAAAAAUUUUUAUCAACCUACCCCGAUCUAUGGAUUUUGAGGAGGCAGAAAGGAGUGAGCCAACUCAAGCUCUGGAACUGACAGAAGAUGACAUUAAAGAAGAUGGCAUUGUUCCUCUUCGUUAUGUUAAAUUUCAGAAUGUUAACAGUGUAACUUUAUUCGUUCAGUCUAAUCAAGGUGAAGAAGAGACAACGAGAAUUUCAUAUUUUACUUUCAUUGGUACUCCAGUGCAGGCAACAAAUAUGAAUGACUUCAAACGAGUAGUUGGCAAAAAAGGAGAAAGUCAUUAGGGUACAAAAGACACUGGAAGACUUAACUGCAGUCAGAUUUGCAGCUCCUGGAUAAUUGCUUGAUUCUCUUCGGAAACUGUUAAUCUUUUAUUUGUUGCCAUUACCAAUAAAUCAUUGCUUUUGUUCAGAUGGUAUCACUAGUGUUUCUAUUGUAAUCUUGAUACAUGCAGUUGUAAAUAAUAAAAGUCAGUACUUUUGCCAAGCUUAAAUUUUGUCAUUCUAUAUAAAUGCAUUCUCUCUCUUGUUUUUAUUUGAAUAUUGGCUAACUUUUUGUUUUAGAAGAGCUGUGUCUGAAAUCCCAUUGGCUACAAGCUAGUCUGUCUCUAGAGGAAUAGAAUGUUAGAGGAAUUAAGAGCACUGUCUGCACAUGUAGAGUGUUUUGAUACAUGGAUUUGAAAUGUGUCUACACAUGUGGAAUGUUUUGAUGCAUGGAUUUGGAAUAACCAUGUUCGAGUGAGUAUUGACUUUGUAUUUUAUCAAAAGAUAUUUGGGUAUAUCUAGGCUUUAUAAAUUUCCUCAAAUUAUAAACAGCCACUGAUCUUAUCUAUCACUGGUAGUUAACAGGUCUACAAAUGUUCUGUUUUUAGGGGAGAGUCUUGCUAUAUAGCAUAGACUAGCCUCAUCAUUUAUACCCUUUUGUGCCUACCUCCCAAAGGCUGGGAUCGUAGGCAUGUACCACCAAACCUGGUCUCAUGUCAAGAUUUUAACUUUUUGUAUAAACCUAAAACUUAGAGUCAGAUAUUUUCUUUAAUAAUAAAGGUAUUAAUAUUGAAUUCAGACAGUUGGCAAAAUAUAAUACAAUGAAUUUAUGGAAAAAUGGGAAUUUAGUAUCUAAUCUAAUAUUUAUUAAUUAAAUUCACCAAACAUUCACUAUAAAUACAUAGAUACAGAAUACAAUUUAAGGUUGAAAGUGAGUCGUCCUAAAUGGUUUUAACGAUUUUUUACAAAAAACUGGCUAAACAAAAUAUUUGUUCUUAUGUGCUUUUUUAACCUUACAAUUGAACAUUAGACUAAAAUAUUGGAAAAUUUAAUGUUUUUUUUUAUUUCAUGUGUGCAAAAUGUGUUUGGCCUCCUCUCUGUGUGUAUAUUUAUGUAUAUGUAGACUGGAAGAGCAUCAAAACCUCAAGAAUAGGAGUGACAGAUGCUUGAGAACUGAAUGUAGGCCUCUACAGGGCUGCUGCUCCAGCCCUAUGCAUUUAUCUUUUAAUUCAGUAUUUUAAAAGCAUAUGUAAGAUUAUAGCUUGUAAUUCAGUUAAUGCAUUUGAGGACAUUCUUAUCUAGAAAUAGUGCCGAGAUUUGCCCUUUCAAUACUAAUGUAUUUAUACACGGUUAUGAUAAAGCUGUGGAAGUUUUAGUGUUGAAGUAGCCCUCUUCUGAAACUUGUGUUGUCAGGUAAUGUUCAGUUCAUUUGUUUGUGAGCACAGUAACCGAUAUGUGAUGUUUGUAUUCUAUGUAUUUCACAGUCUUGUUGACUUAGAACAAAAGGAAGACAAAAAAUAAAAGUUUAUAAUGCAAACCAUCUGAAGUUAAUCACACCUGAAUGAAGAACAAGAUUAACAUCAAGAGUUUUAGUUUAUACUUGCCCCUUUUGGGUAAUCAUUGAAGUGCCUCAUCUCAAGUGUAAAUGAAAAACCAAGUAGAAGUAGCUUCACAUUUGCAAAGGUUCAGACAUCAGAUUUUUGUUGUCAUAUGACUUCUGUAACUUUAUUGCAGCAUACAGAUAUUCUGUCAUUCAAGUUGUAAAUUGUGAGGAAUGCUAGUAGGAAGCCUAUGUGUGUCACAAGUUUUCUUAGUGCAAAAAAUAAAAACACGUAGUUGACAUGUAAAACAUCAAGCUAAAAUGCUAUUUUCUGUUAAACUAAACAGUACAUAUAUAGUUACCUGUAAAUAUAUGUAUACACACAUAUAAAAUAUUUACAUGUAACAGUUUUCCAGAAAAGAACAUGAGGAAUAUGUAACCUUGGUUAUUUUAACAUUAGUGUUUUCUAGAAAACAAAUAUUAGUUUGUUUUGUCAAGCUAUAUUUUGUCAAACUAUAUUUGUCUAAAAACAAUCUAUUUGUAUGCAUCUUGUUUUUCUUAUGAAGACAUGUAGUGAAAUACUUUGUCAGCAGAAACAGUGCCAUAGGAAGGUUUGUCAGAGGAAACCUAGGAAUAAGACUAGCACUGGUUACUGUAUUGUUGUGUUCGUAUUGGUCCUUUAUAAAAGUGCUUUCACUGUCUGGCUGUCAGAGACCAAAUGCCCCCUCUUGUAUAUGAAUGUAUUGGAUGGAGGUAGUCACUUAGCUGUCUACCUGCCAUGUUUGUCUAAAUGAUUAAAGAUGUAAAAGGCUUUUUUGUGGUAAACAUAGUUUUUGCUAUGAGUGUACAUUUAAUCCAAACAUUUAAUUCAUGGCUAUCAUUAGUUCUUAUGUUUAUAUUGAGAGUCUGGGGACCACAAUGUAGGCCAGGAGAUGCAGUCGUCUAUAUAUGAUAGAGUUACGCCCAUCAGAUCUUAACAAUAUGGUAACAUGAACAAGACCUGUACCAGUUGGCAUGCCAAAAGGAGGUGAGGAAAUUUUGUAAGGCCCCAUAUCUAAAAGAAAAGCUACUAAGAAUCAAUCUUAUUCAGGUAAAAGCCUUUUUGUGUGUGUGUUUAUAUGUGUUUAGGAUUGACCACUUAGGAUUGGUCAAUCCCAAUUACACAAUCCCAAGUGGUCAACCCUUAAAUACAUAAUCUGAGCAACACUAAAUGGGCUUGGCAGGUUGUAUUUUAUAUAUACAUAUAUGUGUAUGCGUCUUAGUUACCUAUCUGUUGCUGUGAAUAUCCCUGGCCAAGGGUGUUAUAGAAGAGUUCAUUGGGGCUUAACAGUUUCAGAGGAUGAGUUUGUGACCCUUAUGUUGGGGAGCAUGGCAGCAAGCAAGCUUGUUCUGGAGCAGUAGUGGAAUGCCUGGUUACAUCUGACCUGGAAGUAAGAGGUAGAGACAGCUAACUGGAACUGGUGUGGGCUUUUGAGAUUGUAUGAAUUUUCACCAGGAAGAACAAAGGAUUACAUCACUUUAGUUUUAUCUAAUAAUUCAAUUAUAAGGUUGCUGGUAUGUACCUUAUUUGAAUCAAUAUCAAUCAAUACCUUUGGUUUCUUUAUUACACCAAAGAAAAUUACUCUAUUGUCUGUGGUUUCUUAAGUCCUUACUUACGAAAAUGUCUUAAUUGUCUAUUCACCUCAUUUGGUUAUGUUUGAGAAAUACUGAACCAGCGGGAAUUGGAAUUCCUCUUGACGUUUUUAGUGUCGAUAAUAAAAUACAUUUUUAAUAUUUA